AUGGGAAGAGGCUGGGAGGGUCCCAGCAGGUUUCUAAGUGACACCGACGGCGUAGUCCGCGCUGUCUCAAGCAGCGCCAUGCGGCUUGCCGUAGAUGAGCGGGUGGAGAUAGCUGGGGAUGAAAAUGAGGAUCCUACUGUUCUUGGGUUUGAGUGUGGCUCUUUGCUCAUCGGCCUUCGCCGACCAGCCAAAGGGCCAGGAGAGGAAUCCUGGAUACAGCAUUGGCUCUUGGGCGUUCUCAACAAUCUCGAGAACAUCUACAAAUCUAAAGCCUUUACUGUAGACUUUUAUAAUACUGAAGAUGCCAAGAAACAAAUCAACAGCUAUGUUGAAAACAACACAAACGGCAAAAUUGUUGAUGUGCUGAGCAGUGUAGACAAAGACACAGAUUCAAUUCUUGUUAACUUUAUUCAAUUCGAAGGGAAUUCGGAAACUCCUUUUGAAGAUAAAAGUGUAGGAGAUUUCCAUGUGAACAAAGACAAGACUGUGAAAGUGCCUUUUCUGUCCUCAACUGGCUAUUACAACAUGGCGGUCUUGGAUGAAGCCACCCUUGUAGCUGUCCCCUACAAAGGGGGCAUAUCUGCAUUAUACAUCCUAGCCAACAAAGGCAAACUAGAAGAAGUGGAAGCAAACUUGGAGGACAUCAUGAAAAAAUGGGAAGAGCGCAAUUGCAGCAACCUUGUGGCAUUAAGCAUCCCAACAAUUUCACUCUCUGGUUGCCUUAACCUAAAGGAAGAACUAGCUAAAACCGGAAUGACUGAUGUGUUUUCCACUCCCUCUGGAACCACUGGGGAUUCUAAACUGAACAUUUCAAAGGUUCUUCACGUAGCUAAGGCAAAUUUUAAUGAGAUGGGAAAUAUUGCUGCUAGGACCACUGGAUUGGAGAUUUCUCCAUUGGAACGGCCUCCAAAGAUCAAUGUUAACCGUCCAUUCAUAUUAAUUUUAGUAACAACGUCCAACCUUAUCUUCAUGGGUAUAGUUACAAAUCCAUCGAAUUCACUCAAUAGAUGUCCUAAAUAA